GGGUUAAAAUUCUUUCGUGAUGGCUACGAAUUCUCCGAGAAGCGACAGGACACCUGUGUCUGCUAGAAGCGACAGAUCAUCUGGUUCUGCUAGAAGCGACAGGUCAUCAGUGUCUAACAAAAAGCCCGGUAUAGAACGAAUGUCAUCCUUAGUUGAGAAAAAUUUACUGGCCAAGAAAUUUCAGUCAGCAAAAUCGAAAGUGGCAAAACCUGUUACCAAAAAUAUACAGCCAACAACUUCAAGAACAAUAAGUAGAGAGGAAAGUAGAAUAAUGGAAGAACAGACAAAGAAAGCUGAAGCUAAGUUUGAGAGGUUAUUAGAAGGAUGCUUGGAUGAUUUACCUAACUUACCUCACUCUACAGUUAGGAUAUUUAUGAGCUCUACCUUUUCUGAUAUGAGAGCUGAAAGAAAUGCCAUCGCCAAAGAGGUCCAUCCAAUCCUAGAGGAGUAUUGUGCAAAACAUGACCUUGACUUUCAGAUUGUAGAUAUGCGCUGGGGUGUAACUGAAGAUAGCCAAAAUGACCAUUCUGUGGAAAAAAUUUGUUUGCUAGAGGUUGAAAAUUGUCAAAACCUUUCUUUAGGACCUAAUUUCAUUUUUAUAUCAGGUGACAGGUAUGGAUUUAGACCAAUCCCAGUAGAAAUUGACAAGGAUGAAUUUGAUACCUUAAAGAAACUUGCCGAGAAAAACUCUUUUUCUGAUACCGAACUAUUGGAUAUUUGGUAUUUAUUAGAUGAAAAUGCUAUACCACCACUGUACAUUUUACAGCCAAUUAGGUCACAGUUUAAAUUCUUUGGAGAUCACUCUGGUGGAUGUGAUGAACAAAGAGAUAAGGAUACAAUGGGUUGGACGAAAACCUUUAAAUCUCUACAAACAGUUCUAAGGAAAGCAGCAACGUUAGCCUGUAAAGCUAAACAACUCAACGAGGACAAACUUCACAAAUAUCUUUAUUCAGUUACUGAGAUUGAAGUCAUUAAAGGCAUUUUGACUGCCAAAGAACCCAAUCUUCAUACCAGUAUAUAUCAGAGAGACUUACAUGGCUUGGAUAUCACAGACGACACAAUUAAAAAAUACGUUGACACUACAAUGGAAAAUGGAAAGAUGGUAUUUGAUGGAGAAGCAAAGGUGUUUAGAGAAAAAAUAAGAAAACAAAUUCCAUCGGCUUUGAAGAAAUCUGGUCGAAUCCAUCAGUAUCAAGUUAAAUGGCAUAAUGGAGGAAUUAAUCCUGAAAAACACGUGGAGCAACGUGAUUAUAUCAGGAAUCUUUGUGACGAUCUUAUCAAGGACAUUUGUGAACUUAUUGAUAAGGCUAGAGAAGACCAAAAAGAUCUGAUAAAAACAGAUUAUUACACAGACUAUCAAGAAGUACUUCAUCAUCAGCACUUUUGUAAACUUAAAUGCGAAACUUUCUGCGGUAGAGAUGAUGUUUUACAACAAGCAAAAGAAUAUAUUCUCACGGACAAGUCGAGAAGACCACUUAUUCUUUAUGCUCCGUCAGGUGCUGGAAAAACAUCUGUUAUGUCCAAAAUUUUGCAGAAUCUCCCAGAGUGGUAUGAAAAAAAGCCUCACAUUGGAAUAAUUAGAUUUUUAGGCACAUCUCCUUAUAGUUUGAAUAUAUAUGAUGUACUAUAUGGAGUUUGUGGACAACUUGCUGACUGUGCAAAUCUAUUGAUGGAGCCAGAAGGGUUCAGUAAUAUGAAAAAAAUAGUCGAAUGCAUGCCAAGAUUCUUACGUCAAGUAUCAACGAAGGUGAACAAGCCAAUUGUUAUUUUGCUGGACUCUCUAGAUCAGCUUUCAGCAAAAGAUAAUUCUUACUUGUUAAAUUGGCUACCUACAGUGCUUCCACCAAAGAUGAGAAUGAUUGUAUCAACAUUACCUAGAGAACAUAAAAUUUUGGACACAUUACGGAAACUUAUUCCAGAUACCACCAAUUUUGUAGAAGUUCCAUCUUUGCCAGAUGAUACAUGCUUAAAGAUAAUCGACAGAUAUCUAGCAAAAAAGAAGAGAACUGUUACACAAACUCAGCAAAAUAAGCUUCUCAGAGCGUUCAGAAAUUGCCCAGGUCCAUUAUUUCUCAAACUUAUUCUCGAUGAGACUGUUAAAUGGAACUCAUACACACCAAUUAUUGAGGUAAUUUUAAAAGAUUCAGUACAAGGUGCCAUCAACCUGCUGUUUGAAAACAUGGAAAAGAAAUUUGGGCAAGUUCUAAUAAGCCAUGCUCUCGGUUACAUUACAGUUGCUGAAUAUGGAAUUUCUGAUCUUGAAUGGGAGGAUGUGUUAUCCUGUGAUGAUGAAGUAUUAGAUGAUAUAUAUCGCUAUCAUGAUCCCCCAGUCGAUGGCAUUGUACAAAUGCCGCCAGUACUUUUAGCAAGAAUAAGAUAUGAUCUUAAAGAAUAUAUUGUUGAGAGACGAUCAUUUGGUAAAACAACAUUAAAUUGGUAUCAUAGGCAGUUCACUGAGACAGCUCAUGAAAGAUAUGCAACUGGCAGUGCAGGAAACAAAUUACAUAAGGUAUUGGCACAAUAUUUUAUUGCCAAUGAUGGUAUAAAAAGGGACAUAACACUUCACAGACGAGGAAAAACAGUGGAGAAAGCAGAUAGACAAGUCACAAAACAACCUCUUGUUGUGAACAACCAACGAAAACUGAAAGCUGUUCCACAUCACAUCACCCGUGCAGGGACCAAGAUAGAUCCUUCAAUUGCCAAGUCAGAAUGCUUUUGUAAUCUGAAUUUCCUCACAGUGAGAAUACAAUCAUUGCCAUUAUCAACCUGGGUGGACGACAUGACAGAAUAUGUAGACAAAACAAAGAAUAAAGAGGUGGCCCUCUUAAGAAAAUUCUUUCUUGCCUCAAAAAGAGGAAAUGACAGCGGUACAAACCUUUCAAUCAAUCUACUGUCGCAUUUACAUGUAAAGGAUAGUCAGACAUAUCUAAAGGAAUUACUACAGCAAGCUAAGGAUACAGUAUAUGCUAGUAAGUCUCCUUUACUUAUACCAGUAUUUCCAUAUCUGGCACCAAGUAAAGAUGCUUCGUCAGCUCUCUUGAAGAUUUAUGAUGAUGUUGAUGAUAUCAUUCCAAGUGGUUCAGAAUCAGUGUUGAUGAUACAUGUGAAAGAAGAAGAUGACGAUGAAAAAGGGUACCUAGUUUAUGAUUCAAUUAGUAAUGAUGUCAACCAAUUAAGCCAUGACAAGGAAUUCAAGCCAGUAAUGCCACCCAUAUUGGAUCAUUCCACGAAAAGAAUAAUAAACUUAGGCAGAGACAGCUUGCAGAUUUUCCAUUUGAACAAUCAAGAUACAAACAUGAUGAAGUUUUCCGACAUUUUUGAAGAUCUAGGAAAAGAGAUGUACCCUACAAUGACUUGUCUAAGUACCGAUUUCUCAUAUUUGACAAUUUUAUUUAGCAAUGGAGAUGUUCUAAUAAUGGAUACAAACAGCUUCCAGAAAGUUGACUUCAUCACAUUGGGAGAACAAGGAAAUGAUGUUUCUAACAUUAUCACUACAAGUACUAAGAAUUUAAAGAUUAUUUUCACUAUUAAUACUGUUGCAAGAGAAAACGAAUAUGAAAAAGAGGGUGUUGUCAGAAUCCAUGUUGUUGGUGCUACAGAAAAUGGAAAAAUUGUGAAAACAAAACAUACUUUUACCAGAGGUCUUGCUGCAGUUGGUUUUAAUGAUAACCUGCUUGUAGGAACUGGUAAUAGAGAAUCAGAUGAUACUUUGACAGUUGUUAACCUAGAUGAUGUCAGGAUUUCUUUUACACAGACAUGUUCUUCUAAAGUAAUGCAACUAUCUGUAGCACAAUACCAUGCACUGGCUGCCAUUUGGUUGGAACAAGGCUACGUAGCUGUGUACGACAUUUUUAAUGGAGAGGUUGUCCAACAGUUAAACAUUAACAAUUCUAUAACAAGCUUUGGAGUGAGCUGGAUAAAUAAUAGAAUUGUCAUAGGUGACAACCAAGGACAGUUAAGUAUAUACGAAGCACAGACAGGGAAACACUUCGAGGAUUUCAAGGCAGAAAAUAACGAAAUCGUUAAAGUGGCAAUACUUGAAGAUCAAGUUGUUACAGUAAGCAAAAGAAAAUCAGCAAAAGUUUGGGUGCUAAGAAAAUUAUUAAAUACUGAUAGUAAUCAAUCAUCAAGAACAGAUGUCAAUGGAGAAGGUUCUAAACAGCUGGGACACCAGGAUACAAUUGCAUUUGACGUUGACCUUAAAGGACACUGCAUCAUAACUUCGUCAGACGACAACAAUUUGAGAAUCUGGUCAAUGGAUAGUUUUCAGCUUAAAAGGAAGAUUUACAUUGGAAUCACUGGCCAUAAAGUAUCAGCAGCAGUUAAUUCAAUUUGUAUUGUUUUCGACAAUCAAGCCCAUACACUAAAAGUGUCUAAUUUCGAAGAUGGAUCUGAGAAAAAAAGCUUACGCCACGUUCUAAGUUUCUGCCUGGGAGAAGAUCAAAAGACAUUAUGUGUCCUGAAAACUGACAAAAACAAUAAAUUUAUUGAAAUAAUAAUUAUAGAUCUCGUUCAUAUAAAGUCUAAAACCAUUCCGUUGAAGCAGGAGCUGACUUAUGAAAGUAUAGAUCUGUCUAUAAAUAAAUCAGAUCGCUAUUUUAUCCUAAGAGUAACAAUUCUUGAAAAAGAAUAUGCGGAUAUCCGAACCUUAUGUCUUAGGCAAAGUGGAGGAUUUUUACCACAGUCUCACAAACACAGGUUUUAUGCUAUAGACAAAUUACAAGCUACAGUAGAACUAAUGCCAUGUAAUCGGGUUCUUACGAAAAUUCCACAUCUAGGAGAAGUUGUCUGCCCCUAUCAAGGAAAUGUCAUGAUGGUCACAACUGGUGACAAGGUUAUGUUUUGGGACAUAAGUACUGGCACCUGUGAUCAAAGAAUAACAAAAGGAGAAAAACUAGGAUUUAUGUAUCUUACAGACCACUUGAACAAGUCAUGUAACAAUGCAUGUCUGGCAAUAGAACGAAGUAACGAUGGACAGUAUGUAGCUAUAGGAUAUGAAGAUGGUCAUAUGAUUGUGUGGGAUGCUAUUACUGGCUUCCCAGUCCGGAGAAAAGAACCAAAGAAAAUGCACGAAGCUUCGGUUGUCACUAUUACCAUAUCACCAGACAGUAAAUGGGUUGCCUCUAGGUGUCUUAAUAACAUGCUGAUAUUUUGGGACAUCACUACUGGAAUAAACGUCGUCCAACUGAAGAUCCCCUCUGAUGUCCAACAGAUGAAGUUCACAGCUGAUUCUAAACACCUUGUUAUUAGGAUAGGAGUUCAGGCUACUAGAAUUUUAGUGUACAAACUUCAUCCCGGUCAACAGUAAUACUAAGGAAAAGUUUAUGCGACUGGUGCCACAUGUUGACCAGGAUCUGCUUACCCUUCCGGAGCACCUUAA